AUUGUAAACUCACCAUAGAAGCAGUCAGUUAGUACCCGCUAGUCGCGAGUGUCGUUCUGUCGAGUACCCUUUUACCAUACCAUAAUAUUUACAAAUGUUCAUCGCAACUUAUAGGGUACCAAAAAAGUGUGAGUGGGUGUAUGUGGGUGGCGCUGUGUGAAAUUGGGCUUUAAGCCCUUUGUGAUAAAAUGACUGUUACAUAUACAGGGCACGUUCCUAACGGAAGUACUUUCGGCUGUUUUUGGAAAGUACUAGGAAUAUGGCGGGGAAGUGUGUACAAAUUAGUCUGGAGGGAACUCGUAGCAUAUUUAUUCCUAUUUUAUUCAAUAAACUUCUUAUAUAGAUUCGGAUUAAAUGAACACCAACAAAGGAUAUUCGAAAAAAUACGAACGUAUUUUAGUCAACAAAGUGAGACGAUACCAAUGUCAUUUGUGUUAGGGUUUUAUGUAACAUUGGUAGUGAAGAGGUGGUGGGAACAAUACAGACUGUUGCCGUGGCCUGAUACUCUUGCUCUGUUUUUGAAUGCGGGCAUUCCAGGUGCGAAAUAUGGAUCUCAGGAAAUGAAACGUGCGUCUACAACUGAUGAAAGACAAAGACUGAUGAGAAGAAACGUAGUUAGGUAUGCAGUUUUAGCUUACGUAAUCACUCUCCAAAGGGUUUCGUUGAGGGUGAGGAAGAGGUUUCCAACGUGGCAGCAUGUUGUGGAUUCUGGUCUGAUGUUAGAAAGCGAGAAGAAAAUUUUUGAGUUGAUGGAUACGAAAACGCCAAUGUCCAAAUACUGGAUGCCUUUGGUGUGGGCCACAAAUCUCAUCAUUAGAGCCAGAAAGGAGAACUUGAUCAACAGUGAUCAACUGGUGCAAACGAUAUUGAUGGAACUCUCGGAUAUACGACGAAGACUGGGUUCUUUGAUAGGAUAUGAUACUGUUUGUGUCCCAUUGGUGUAUACACAGGUAGUUUCCUUGGCUCUGUACUUAUACUUCAUAGCAGCUCUUUUGGGUCGACAAUUCGUGCCGGACGCGACAAUGUCAGUUGGCAAAUUCGAGGAACCAGACAUGUACUUUCCCUUCUUCACAGCAAUUCAGUUUUGCUUCUACGUGGGUUGGCUAAAAGUGGCAGAAGUGUUGAUAAAUCCUUUCGGCGAAGAUGACGAUGAUAUUGAACUGAAUUGGCUCAUUGACAGGCAUAUCAAGGCUGCUUACAUGAUCGUUGACGAAAUGCACGAGGAACACCCAGAACUUCUCAAAGAUCAGUACUGGGACGAAGUGGUACCGAAAGAACUCCCUUACACUGUAGCUUCUGAGCACUACAGGAAGGAAGAACCUAAAGGCUCAGCUGAGCAGUAUAAGCUGAAAACAACCGACGGACUGUACGCAAAUUUGUUGACACCAAAGAAAUCACUAAUCCAUGAUGACAUGUACGCAGAUUACGAAAGCGUGGACACGCCUAUAGUUGAAAGGAGGAAAAGUUCCAAUUGGUUCACGCGUCAAAUUUCCAGAACCGGUAUGGGUUCGAUAAGGUCAGCCUCUACAGCGUAUUCUUCAGGGGGGUUGUUCGGAAGGCAUCGUGGAAAUUCCGUUUACGCAAAUCCCGAAAACGGACAGCUUCCAGGAACAGCGCCUCCGCAAAAGAUGUCAAUUUAUGACAGAUUAGUUGGUCGAAAAUCUGGACGAAGUCAGAAAAAACAAGGUUCAAGAUUGAAUGGAGCUGCUCCGAUGCAAGUUAGAAACCGGCCGAGAAUCCCCACACCAGACGUAACAAAGGAAGUAGUGGACCGAGAAAACCGCAUGGCUGCUGCCAACGUGGCGAAUCUCCAGAACCAGAUGGCCCAUGGGAUUACGCUCAUGCCUCAUCUGCAGACCGCUUAUCCGAACUACCCAAGCGGCGAUGGUCCAGUCGUGCAGGUGGUACUUUCGCCUAUUCAAGAACUAGAUGGUACCGGUUCGGUCAACAACACACUGCAUGCACACCAGCCAGGAACUACAGCACUGGCUCAAGCGGUUCUUUCUCCUGGGCUAGGUCCAGUCAUAACCACUACUCCUGUCAGUGUUCCGAUGACAGUGUCUCAACUUACAAGUCUAGGAUUAACUUCUGUUCAUAAUAGUCCGUUAUUGACAAGAAGCACUAACGAUGCAUCUACCAAAAAACCCAAUUUUGUCACUAGUUUUGAUGGAGAAAAAUCUUUGGGUACUCAACCGCUAGUACUGACAGAGAUUGCUCCUGCAGAGGAUGAAAUACAGUUGACUAGUAGAAGCAGUGAUGUGUCGGUUGCUUCAUCGACUGCAUCAAAAGAAAGCAAGAAUUCUGCGGCUACUCUUUCAGCUGGUACGGCUGCGGAAGGUGCAGCACCUAAUUCCUUAACUUCUUCAGCUGACGGAACCAGGAGCAGGAAAACGUCGGUUGUUUCUCAGAGCAAUCCGAAUACUAAUUCGCCAAAAAGAGGCGAGGUGUAUGUUUGAUGAGUGUUAAAGUUUGUUGUAGAAGAAGUAGAAAAUAUGCGUACUUUUUAUUUUAUCAUAUCGACAUAUUGAUAUCCUGUUGGUACUCUCGUGUACACUUUAAAUCAUGCAAUGAAUACCGUGGUAUUUCAUUAAUGCUAUAAGAAAUUAAUAAAGCCUGCAGUUGUAGAAUAAUGAUUAAAAAAAGUGUUAAAAUUGGAAAAUGCGGUUUUUGUUUUAGUGCCUGAAAAUUGUAGUUAGUAACUGGUGUGUUAAUAUUAUAUACGCGUGUAGGGGCUGUAUAGACAUUACAUAAAUUACAGUAAAUUGACUUUUGUUUGCUUUUUUGAUUUGCCAAUUAUCUUUACCUGAUUUAAAUGUGGGUUAUUAUUAUUGUUAAUCGACUUGUGAUAUAAAACUAGUGUGAUAAGAACAUAAUUGCAUUUUAUAAUUACUUAGGUUAGGUAAUCAAAAAGCCAUCUAAAACAUUUAUGUGAUCAUAAAUUAUUUAUUAGUGUUGUAAUUUUCAUCAAAUUUCUGUACUCGUAGAUAUUUGGUGCGAAGAACUUAAAUAUUAUGUAUACUUUUAUCAUCAUCUCGAAAUUUAAAAAUAACUUUAGCAAUAGGCAGUGGAAAUUGUACUUAGGUCUGUAUAUUUUGCCGUAAGAGUAUUUUAGUCGGCAGUAUUAAACUGUGGAUAAAUGGUAGUUUUUCAUUAUUGUAGUAAAGCAACUCUUAUUGUAAAUAUCUAUUUUAUUUAAUGUUUCAUAUUUUAAUGAUA